AAUCAUAGUAAAAAGUCUCCCGGCUGUUAUUUGUUGAAUUACAUUACGUAUGUUAGCCUCAGACAAUCAUGCCAAGAACCAGGCUGAGAUGGAGCUGUCAAUGAAAACAUGGCUGCUCACCAAUUUUAGCCAUUUAACAUAAGGCUUACCUAAUAAAAACAAUCUUAUCUUAUGCUGCUUUAUAUUUGCCAUUAAACAUAAUGUUUAGCACGCAUGGACACGGGAACUGCUCGUCUACUGCUGCAUCAUUUGGUCAAUUUUUGUCACUUAGUUGAAUCUGAACAAAGGAUUUCCAACACCAAAGUCAUUCAAUGGUUAGUAACGGAGGCAGCAGUGGAUCACUAACUACUGUGUGCAGCAAUGUUAAAUUGCUGAUUUUAUAUGUAUUUAGUUAUGAGUGGUUGUUUGUCAUUAAGAGGUUAUCAGCGCGGAUGUUACACACGGGUGGAGGUUCUGGUGCUGCGGGCUCUUUAAACGCAGGGCGGAGGGAAGACUUCCGAGCGAGCGUGAUGCGGAUUACGGCUGCAUUCAGUCGUGCGUCUGUUGCUGCAUCAUCUCAGCUGAUCCGGAGGAUUUCCUCUGCAGGGACGGACACACCAACACCACGAACAUGGAUUUCAACGUGAAGAAACUCGCCUCCGAUGCAGGGGUGUUCUUCACCAGGGCGAUGCAGUUCACAGAGGAGAAGCUUGGCCAGGCCGAGAAAACCGAGCUGGACCAGCACCUGGAGAACCUCAUCAUCCGAGGUGACAGCACCAAGAACUGGACCGAGAAGAUCCUCCGACAGACCGAGGUUCUCCUGCAGCCCAAUCCCAUUGACCACACAGGUGCUCGAAUAGAGGAGUUUAUCUACGACAAACUGGACAAGAAGAUUCCCUCCAGGACGACCAACGCUGAGCUGCUGGGACAGUACAUGCUGGACGCUGCCACAGAGUUUGGACCCGAGGCACCGUAUGGUCAGACCCUGAUCACAGUGGGAGAGUACCAGAAGAGACUGGGCGGAGCCGAACGGGAGUUCCUCCACACGUCUGCCACCACCUUCCUAUCUCCUCUGCGUAACUUCCUGGAGGGAGACUGGAAGACCAUAUCGAAAGAGCGGCGGCUGCUGGAGAAUCGACGGCUGGAUCUGGACAUCUGCAAGGCGCGCGUGAGGAAGGCAAAGCAGGCGGAAGCAAAAGCAGCGGCUGAACCUGAUUUUCAGGAGACGAGGCCACGAAAUUAUGUUCUGUCCGCCAGUGCAUCAGCGCUGCUGAGUGAGGAGGUUGACAAAGCGGAGCAUGAACUCCGCGUGGCACAGACGGAGUUUGACCGGCAGGCCGAGGUCACUCGUCUGCUGCUGGAGGGCAUCAGCAGCAUGCAUCUCAACCACCUGCGCUGUUUGCAGGAUUUCGCAGAAGCUCAGGCCACGUACUACGCUCAGUGUCACCACUACAUGCAGGAGCUGCAGAGGGAGCUCCACCGACGUACGAAUACCGCGGGCGCCCCGCAACCCCCGGCCACCGCUGCCGCCGGCCCCAAUCCCGCCUCGUCUGCUUUCCUGUCUGGACCCUCGUCCUCCGCAGACACAAGCUCACCUCUGUCUGGCCAGAAGGCCCCGGGAACGCUGUCUGCCGAGCAGCUGGCGGUCACAGGCACGAGAAAGGCCAAGGUCCUGUACGACUAUGACGCUCACGAUGGCAGCGAGCUCUCCCUGUUGGCAGAUGAGCUCAUCACUGUUUACACCGUACCGGGAAUGGAUCCUGAUUGGUUGAUUGGAGAACGUGGAAACGAGAAGGGCAAAGUCCCGGUCACCUACCUCGAACUUCUGAGCUAAUGGACCAAACAGGACACACACACACACACACACACACACACACAGCAUUGAUUUGGACGACCUACACAAAGCGUUAACCUAACCACGAUUCAAAUCUUAGCCCUAAACUUAACCAGUUCACACAGUCCCUGUUGUGUAUUUUCAUGUUGGCUCUCUGAAACACUUUUCCUUCUGACUAACAGCAGGGACUCACUGCUUGUUUUCUUCUCCUAAGAACCGAUGUAUGCGUUAGUCACACUUUCAUUUUCAUCACUAACAUCUCACCCAGGUCCUCACACCACCUCAGUUAUUCAUAUUUGUGUUUGUUCAGCUGUAGUUUGUGUCGUCACGUUCCAGCCGACGUGACGAUACAAAGCCAUGACUGCUUUUGCUUUUUGAGUCACGGGGAGUUACUGUAGUGACAUGCCUGAAGGCAUCAUCGUGUGCGUGUGUGUGUGUAGAUCUAGAUUAUGUCGAAAUAAUGUUGUUCUGUUUCUUUUAAGCUGCUUUUAAUUAACAACACCACCCCCGCCAAAAAAAAA